AUGUUCUCCAAAAUUGUAGCCCUGUGCGCGUUGGUGGCGGUGUCCCAAGCAGGCCUCCUGCCUGAGCCGCACUACCAGUCCGCCGUCUCCUCCCAGAGCAUCGUGCGUCACGAUGAGGGUCAGGCCACCAAGCUGGCAUAUCAAGCUGCCCCUGUCGCCUACCACGCCGCCCCCGCCGUCUCUUACCACGCCGCCCCUGCUGCCGUGACCUACCAUGCCGCCCCCGUCGCUAAGGUCGCCGUCGCUGCCCCUAUCGCCUACCACGCCCCUGCCCCCGUCGCCUACCACGCCGCUCCCGUCACUAAGGUCCUCGCUCAACCCGAGGAAUACGCUCAUCCCAAAUACGAGUACUCUUACUCCGUUGCUGACCACCACACCGGUGACGACAAGUCACAGCACGAGAUCCGCGACGGUGAUGUUGUAAAGGGCUCCUACUCCUUCCAUGAGGCUGAUGGCUCCAUCAGAACUGUGGAGUACACCGCUGAUGAUCACAACGGUUUCAACGCGGUCGUGCACAACACCGCCCCCAAGGCCGCCCCCGUGGUCGUUAAGGCUGCCCCUGUGGUCCUCAAGGCAGCCGCCCCCGUCCUCUCCUACUACCACCACAUCAACAUGUUCUCUAAAAUUGUAGCCCUUUGCGCGUUAGUGGCGGUGUCCCAGGCGGGCCUCCUGCCCGAGCCCCACUACCAGUCAGCCGUCUCCUCCCAGAGCAUCGUGCGUCACGAUGAGGGUCAGGCCACCAAGCUGGCUUUCCAAGCUGCCCCUGUCGCCUAUCACGCCGCCCCCACCGUCUCUUACCACGCCGCCCCCGCUGGCGUGACCUACCAUGCCGCCCCCGUCGCUAAGGUCGCCGUCGCCGCCCCCAUCGCCUACCACGCCCCUGCUCCCGUCGCCUACCACGCUGCUCCCGUCGCUAAGGUCCUCGCUCAACCCGAGGAAUACGCUCACCCCAAAUACGAGUACUCUUACUCCGUUGCUGACCACCACACAGGUGACGACAAGUCACAGCACGAGAUCCGCGACGGUGAUGUUGUGAAGGGCUCCUACUCCUUCCAUGAGGCUGAUGGCUCCAUCAGAACUGUGGAGUACACUGCUGAUGACCACAACGGUUUCAACGCGGUCGUCCACAACACUGCUCCCAAGGCCGCCCCCGUGGUCAUCAAGGCCGCCGCCCCCGUCCUCUCCUACUACCACCAUUAA